AUGGCGGAUGGCUUUGAGAUCGUCUCGCACCUUUCUUACCUAAAGCAGCUCAUUCAUAGAUAUAAUGCCUAUAAGAUUCGUACUCGUCGAAUCCAUUUGGUGUGGCAGUUAGAGACCAAAGUAGAUUUAGGAUAUAUCGCCGUAGACUUGUUGAAUGAUGCGCUCGUCGGUGACACACUUAGUGUCGAUAACGGUACUAACGAUAUAAGCGACGAAAAGUCGGCUAAGGGGAAGUAUUUCGGUCUACAUCCGCUGGGCAAGCUAGGAUCGAGUGCCAUUUGA